AUGGACAGAGAAAAAUUAUCAAUCUUUGUCAAUCACGGUGGGAAGUUUGUUAUGCUGGAUAAUGCGAUGGAGUAUUUUGGAGGAGAUAUUCACAUCAGCCAUGGUAUUGAUAUUGACAGGUUUGGUUAUUUGGAUUUAGUAGAUGUAGUUGAGAAACUUGGUUAUGUUGAGGUUGGCAAAAUUUAUCAUAAGAUUUGUGGAGAAAAUGGAUCGGUUAGUUACAUACAUAUCCACAAUGAUGCUACUUUGAUGGAGGUGAUUGGGAGUUUGCAGCCCAACAAAUUCCAUGUUCAUCUAUUUGUUGAUAAUGAAAAAGACGGGCAGAAAAAGGCUUCAGAAGAAUCUGUGAUCAAUAAUGCUGGUGAAAAGGGGGCAGGAGGAACCACUGAUCAUAGUCAAAUGAAGAAGAAAGAACCAAGAAGAAAAACUCCACCAGCUCAGAACUUAGUGCCACAACCCUCUGCAUCUGAGAAUCCUUCACCAGCAUAUACACAAACUGAAACAGCUCCUCUAGUUGCUCUUCAAUCUGCUAUGAAACAACCAAUUAGAAAAUCUCCCAGGUUGACUCAGACUGAACCGACUUUAAAUGAUCAUGGGAGUCAAAUACACAAAGAACGCAAUUUGAAUGCCACUUUGAUUAUGAUAUCCAGUUUUUAUGGAACAGUCGAAGGUUUCCAUGAUUUUGUGACUAAGAGUAACUCCAGGGUUGCACGCUACUACACUGAUUGA